ACGCAGCAUGGUUAGUUACCAUUACGCAUGAAUACGCACUUUCUUAAAGAUGGCGUAUAAACGUAUAAGUGUUUAGUAGAAGUAUAAAGUCAUUUACUUCGAGAUAGAAAAUGGGAGGUCAUGGACAUCAACCAUAUAAAAUACCUAGCCCUGAUAUUUAUAACGUGGAGAAUGUGCCAGAAUUGAAACGCGUUCAGGAAGAGUUAGCCAAAAAAGGAUUGAAGGAUCCCUGGUUGAGAAAUUAUGUGUGGCGCUAUCAAACAACUCAAUCAUCUUUUAGGCGUGGGUUAGUAACUUUAACCAGAGGCUGGAAAAUAGGCAUACCAGCAUUUUUGAUAACCAUAGCUGUUGAACAAUAUUUCGGGAUUGACUAUUCGGGUCAUGGACAUCAUGAAGAUGGUCAUCACGGAGAUGGUCAUCAUUAACAUUCAAUAGAGAUCAAUACUAUAUAAUAAUAUAUAAAAAUAGUAGAAAUAUUACUGUAAAAACUAUGUUACGACAUGACGUAAGUCAUGAAAAUAAAAAUUAGAAUAUAAAAAUCA